AUGGCCAAGCGUACACAAGUCUUCCGGUAUUCGGCUGCGCGCGUAAGCUGCGCGUGCACUGUCGCACGCAGCGCUGGGGCGCAGAAGUCCUACAACAAGAGCCACUCGGUGACCGCCAUGAAGGCCAACCCGCUCGGUGCUCAUCAAGAACUCGAAGAGAUCGCCGCCUUCGUGCCGCGUGAUGGUUGCCUCAACUACGUCGACGAGAACGACGAGGUCCUGAUCUCCGGUUUCGGUCGUCGUGGCCACGCCGUCGGUGAUAUUCCCGGUGUGCGUUUCAAGGUCGUCAAGGUCUCGGGCGUGUCGCUGCUCGCUCUGUACAAGGAGAAGAAGGAGAAGCCGCGUUCGUAGAUUAUGUGCCCGUCGACAGGAAGGAACUUGUCUAUGAUGGCGUGUUGCAGUUCUGACACAGACAGCCUCGUGCUGCUUCGAGUCGAGUUUACUGCUGCUAUUGUGGCAGUUCAAUUUUCCUAAUCACGGAUAAGAAGGAAUCGCUUGCCCAGCACGACCAGUUUUUGAUUUACUACCUUAUUGCCGCAGUUGCUAUGUUGACACUCUUUUUGAG